AUGGAUAUCCUCAAGGUCUUGUCGCUCGGCACGACCAAGAAAACCCACAGGCCUGAUGGUAGUGUCCCUGCAACCAGCGCCGCAAGACUCCCAUCCGCCGGCAGCAGACCUAAUGCGCAGUUCUUCCACGACGAGAUCGGACUGAAUCGAGGCACGAAACGGAAGAGGCCUGACGAGGUGGAAGAUGAGGCGAGCGACGAGAACCUCAGUGAUAUUGACUUCUUUGCGCCAAAGGACGAGGUCAAGGGCGUGAGCAGGAAGAAGGCCGACAAGCCCAAAGCCAAAGAUGACGACGAGAAACCCAAGCCCAAGGCCAGCAAGGCCCAGCUACUGGACGAAGACGAAUGCAAGCAGAUCCUGCGGUCGCACAGGCUGAAGUUCACCUUGUUAUCAAACGGGGCCGAGAAGAAGGCAAAGGUCAAGAAGAGCACGAAGAAGAAGAAGGCAAAGGCUGUUGAGGAGGUCAAACAAACCAAGAAGCAGCUGUUCCCGCAGCCUCUGCGAACUUUUGGCGAGCUGCGGUCUACAUACAGGAUCUCGGGCCGGCUGGCGGACAAUAUUGAGGCACAGGGGUACAAGGAGCCUACAGAGGUGCAGAUGAGCAGCCUGCCCCUGCUGCUAGAUCCCAAGACCGCCCUGGCAAAGAACACAGGAAGCGAUGUCUCUGCACAGCCCGUCGACUUCAUCGCGGUUGCGCCAACGGGAAGUGGCAAGACCAUCAGCUUCUUGAUCCCUGCCAUCAAUGGGAUCAUGAGAAGGCGAGGUGGCGGUGCCGAUGAUCGCAAGCAGCACGGGCUGGAAGUUAUCAUCCUUGCCCCGACCAGAGAGCUUGCCAACCAGAUCUUGAACGAAGGGCGAAAGCUGACUAUCGGAACUGGUCUUAAGGUUGUGGCUAUGAGGAAGGGCAUGCGAAUCGCCACAGGAGAGGGAGAACCAAGGGAGGAGGAGGGUAGUGAAGGCGAAUCCUCCAGCGGCACUGACGAUGAAGACUCGGGCCCCGAGAGCGAGGACGAGGACGAUGCCACAAAGCCAGUCACCAAGGCGGAUAUCCUGGUGACAACACCAAUGCUGCUGCUCAACUUGCUGAACAGAGGGAAACUGACGAGGACCCUGCCGUCUGUCAAAUCUCUCGUCCUGGACGAGGCGGAUGUGCUUUUGGACGAGCUAUUCCGUGACCAGACGACAGGCAUCUGGUCGGCCUGCACAAAUCCAGAUUUACAGCUCAACUUUUGGUCGGCGACUAUGGGGUCUAACAUUGAGACGAUUAUCACGGAUCGGCUCAAGUCACACGAAGAAACCCGCCACGUCCCCUCUAGGCCGCUCAUCCGCCUCGUCGUCGGCCUGAAAGACACAGCAGUCCCCAAUAUCACCCACAAACUCACCUACACGGCCACCGAGCCCGGCAAACUCCUCGCCCUCCGCCAACUUCUGCACCCGAGCUCGGGCACCGACGCAGGUCCUCCUCUCCGCCCACCAUUUCUCGUCUUCACGCAAACCAUCGACCGCGCUACGGCUCUGCACACGGAGCUGAAAUACGACAUCCCCCUCGAGGCUGGCGGCUCCUCCCGCAUCGCCGUUCUGCACUCCUCCCUGCCAGAGUCCGUCCGUGCCGACAUCAUGCGGCGCUUCCGCCUUGGCGAGAUCUGGGUUCUCAUUACAACCGAUGUCCUCGCGCGUGGUGUCGACUUCGCCGGCGUCAACGGCGUUGUCAACUAUGACGUCCCCUCGAGCGCGGCCGUAUACGUGCACCGCGCGGGACGUACCGGCCGUGCGGGUCGCGAGGGCGGUGUUGCCGUCACGUUCUACACCAAGGAGGACAUUCCCUUUGUCAAGAGCGUGGCGAACGUGAUUGCGAUGAGCGAAAAGCAGGCAGGGAAGACGGGCGAGACGGCAGAUGUGCAAAAGUGGCUGCUGGAUGCACUGCCGGAUGUGAAGAAGGAGGACAAGAAGAAGAUGAAAAAGCAGGGCGGGGUGGCGGCGCGCAAGACGGCAAGGAUCACGAGCAAGAGCGCCUGGGAGAGGAGGAAGGAGAGAAACAAGAGAGAUGCGAUCCAGGGAAGUAAGAAGAGGAAGGCGAGCGAGGCUGGUGAGAAGAAGAAGGAUGGCGAAGGCACUUCUGGUUGA